AUGUUUUUACAACCCGAUGUCAAAUUCAAAAUUAUAGGUUUAGAAUCCGAUACGCCGAUUGUUCAGUUAGGGGAAACAACCUUUAAAGGAACUAAAUUAUUUUUUGAAGAAGAUCCAUCUCCAGAACCGGUAGAUUCAGUUUUCACAGUAGUACCUCCUAAAAUGUUAAGAUACAAAUGUAUGAGCUCUAAAACAUUAGAACUCUCUCGAAUAUUUCUUAAAACCAAAACAAAUUCUCAAAUUGAUAGUAAUAAAGAAAUGUGUACAGCAGAAAUAUCUUCAGAUAUCAGUAAUGAGGUUAAUGACUUGGUAAAUAAAACUAUUACCCCAGAUACUAGUACAAAUGUUUUAAUGGAAAAUAUUGCAAAUCAAACUGUAAAUAAUGUUUUAGAAAAUGCUAAAUAA